CCCCUCGCUUCUCGUCCUAUAUUACAAGACUCGCGCUCCUCCGCACACUGUCAGAGCAUUCAUCCCGACUCAGCAAGCAAAAGAAGAAACCAGAAAAAUCAGACACUCCGAUUUCACAUUCUCUACUACUGACUUCCAGAGAUGGUGAAGAGAGACAGAGAGGACACGGAGGUCGAAGCCCUGGCCGUGGCCAACAGCUUGAUGCUCCUCUCCCGAAUCGGCCGGAGCACCGACUCAAACCGCAAAUCGCGGCCUACAGAGCGGAUGUUCACAUGCAAGACGUGCAACCGCGAGUUCCCCUCGUUCCAGGCGCUCGGAGGGCACAGAGCCAGCCACAAGAAGCCAAAGCUGAUCUCCGGCGACCUCUUGCGCCUUGGCCGCACGGCAGAUUCCUCGCCGGCCAAGCUGAAGAUGCACGAGUGCUCGAUAUGCGGCCUCGAUUUCCCGACUGGCCAAGCCCUUGGUGGUCACAUGAGGCGGCACAGGGCGGCCAUACUGGAGAGCUUGGUGGCGGCCGCCGCAAAGCCUGUGCCGGUGUUGAAGAAAUCGAACAGCAAGAGAGUCAGGGGCUUGGAUUUGAACUCGUUGCCGAUGGAGGACGACUUGACCUUGCGUUUAGGAAAGGUUGCGCCGCCUUUAGUGCCAGAUCUCGUUUUGUAGGGCUUAAAGAACGUAGAUUGUGUACAGAGCAGUUUUUAGUCGGUGCCUGACCGUUCCUUUUUUUCCUUCUUUUUUUGUAUUCAUUGAUUGAUAUUUUGAAUCACAGACUGGGUUUCGCAUGGAUAUUCA